GAAUUAAUCAAAGACGACGACGCCGUCCAGAACGGAAAAAAGUAUAUUAAAGAAAAGGAAAACAACGACGGUCGUUCGAACGUCAAGCGCCGCAGGUUGUCCAACCGCCGCGCCAACAAACGACGACGACGACCUUUUCUUGGUCUCUCCGACGUUCGUCCUGGAACUCCGUUUUUCAUCGGAUCCUUCGCGUUCGAGCCCGAGAAUAGAUCCCUUUUGCUCGACCCAGAUCGCGUUGUUCCCUUCUUCUUCACCUCCGAAUCUCUCUCGUGGAGCCUCGCACUGUUUCGCCCCCCUUUGAAUUUUCUUGAUCUUGGGCUCCGAUUCAAGGCGCGAGCUUUUCCUUCGGAGAGCUCGCCGGAACCCUUGAUCAUGGGUGAUCCCCCGGUUCCCAAGCUCCAUCUCGUUGUCGUCGCCGCCCUCCUCUUCUUCUCCGCCGCCGUCGGAUCGGAGGAGGAGCCGCCGCCGCGGAUCUCCGGUUCGGCCAUCAGAUUGCCCACCGAGGAGGGCGACGGCGGAGGCCUCUGCUCCGGGGCGGCCCGGCCCGGCUCGUGCCCCGUCAAGUGCUUCCGUGCCGACCCGGUCUGCGGCGUGGACGGGGUGACCUACUGGUGCGGCUGCGCCGACGCCGCGUGCUCCGGCGUGGGAGUCGCGAAAUUGGGCUACUGCGAGGUCGGGAGCGGCGGGUCGGGUCCGUUGUCGGGUCAGGCGCUGCUCUUGGUCCACAUUGUUUGGUUGAUUGUGCUAGGGUUCUCGGUUCUUUUCGGGCUUUUCUGAGCAUAAUAUGAGAGGCCAAUUGAAUUUUGGCGUUUUUUAUUUUCUCUCUUUCUGGGGGUGCUUUUGGUGCAUGUAAGAGUUGGAUGAUUCCAUGGAAGUUAAAAUUCUUUUGUUCAUAUUGAUCAUUGAUGAUGAUGCAUCCAUUCAUUUUC